AUUAUACAAAAUGACCUCACUGCAUCUCCAGGCCACAAACUACUUGCCAUUACAAGCCUUGGAAUCAUGCUCAAACAUGGCUGAGUUGAAGCAAUUCCACUCCCAGAUCAUCAAACUUGGACUCUCAGCUGAUAAUUAUGUCAUGGGCAGAGUUGUUAAGUUUUGUUCAGUCUCAAAAAUGGACAAUUUGAGAUAUGCCCUCAAAGUGUUUGAUACGAUUCCCAACCCAGAUGCAUUUAUUUAUAAUACUAUAAUGAGGGGUUAUCGGCAACGCAAUUUGCCCAGAAAUUGCAUUCUUGUGUAUUCUGAAAUGUUGCAAGAAUUUGUUUUGCCUAAUAAUUUCACUUUCCCUUGUGUUUUGGGAGCAUGUUCUGAUGAUUAUGCUAUUGAAGAAGGGAAACAAAUCCAUGCCCACGUUUUGAAGUUAGGAUUUGGUUUACAUGGAUUCACUCAGAACAGUUUGAUACAUAUGUAUGUGAAUUUUGAAUCUUUGGAGGAAGCUAAGAGGGUAUUUGACAAGAUGCUAAAGAGGGAUGUUGUUUCUUGGACAAGUUUGAUAAAUGGUUUUGCUAAGUGGGGUUUUGUUGAUAAGGCUCUGAAAGUUUUUGAGUUGAUGCCUAAAGAGAGGAAUUCUAUUGUUUGGAAUGCUAUUAUUGCUGCUUAUGUCCACAGCAACCGUUUUCAUGAAGCGUUUUCCUUGUUUGAAAGGAUGAAAGAGGUAGAUGUGGUUUUGGAUAAGUAUGUCGCGGCUAGUAUGUUAUCAGCCUGUACAGGGUUAGGGUCGUUGGAGCAGGGGAAAUGGAUACAUUGUUACAUUGAGAAGAAUGGAAUUGAAUUGGACUCGAAACUCGCCACAUCAAUAAUUGACAUGUACUGUAAAUGCGGGUACUUGGAGAAGGCUUUUCAAGUUUUUAAUGGGUUACAUUAUAGAGGAAUUUCUUCAUGGAAUUGUAUGAUUGGAGGGUUAGCAAUGCAUGGGAAAGGAAACGCUGCCAUUGAACUUUUCAAGGAGAUGGAGAGGAAGAUGGUUCCUCCUGAUAAUAUCACAUUUGUCAAUCUCCUUACUGCUUGUGCUCAUUCCCGUUUGGUUGAAGAGGGGCGCUAUUACUUCCACUACAUGACUGAAGCUCAUGGAAUCGAACCCAGAAUAGAACAUUACGGAUGCAUGGUUGAUUUACUUGGAAGAGCUGGAAUGUUGGAGGAAGCAAGAAAGCUUACAGAUGAGAUGCCCAUGAAUCCUGAUGAAAGUGUAUUGGGAGCUCUUCUUGGAGCUUGUAGAAUCCACAAAAACAUGGAAUUGGGAGAGCAAAUAGGGAAGAGAUUGAUCAAUCUAGACCCUAAAAAUAGUGGGCGAUACGUGUUGUUAGCUAAUAUAUAUGCUAAUGCAGGCAGAUGGGAAGAUGUUGCCAACAUGAGAAAAUUGAUGAAUGACAGAGGAGUGAAGAAAACUCCAGGCUUUUCUGUCAUUGAAUUGGAGGGCGUCGUAAAUGAAUUUACUGCAGGAGGAAGGGCUCAUCCUGAAGCUAAAGAAAUAUAUGCCAAAGUUGAUGAGAUGUUAGAAAGUAUAAGACCAUUCGGCUAUGUGCCUGACACUGAAGGAGUGUUACAUGAGCUUGAAGAGGAGGAAACUGAGAACCCCUUAAAUCACCAUAGCGAGAAACUUGCAAUGGCCUUGGGGCUAUUGAAAACAAAGCCAGGAGAAACUCUCCGAAUCUCGAAGAACUUGAGGGUGUGUAAAGACUGUCACCAAGCAAGUAAGCUUAUCUCAAAGGUGUAUAAACGCGAAAUCAUUGUAAGAGAUAGGAACAGGUUUCACCAUUUCAAAAUGGGUGAGUGUUCUUGUGAAGAUUGUUGGUGAUCCAUUAUAGGGAUCUUGUUUGUAUAUCUUGUGAAAGAGAGUCUAUGCAUUCACAAAUGUUCAUAAGACUCAGACAUCAGAUUUGCUAAUUAGUUUGCUUGUAAAGUGGCACCCUGUUUUGGUCACAUAACCCAUCCAC